AUGGCGCCGAGGCCGCUGGCCGAUGUGUGGGUGCGGUUUCUGGCCACGCCGGACAAGCUGUGCUUGGACUUGCGCUCGCGUGCGCACUUUGAUGCCGGCCACAUCCGACACGCCGUGUGCAUCGAGGGCUUGGAGGCGCUGCGCACGCGAUUUAGCACGCUGCCACCACGCCACGUCCCCUUUCUCGUGGUGUGCCAUGCCCACGAGGCGGAGCAGGUGUGCUCGGCGUUUGUGCCCAAGGAGCGGUGGCACAUUGUCGGCGUCAUUGGCGUCGGCGAUGCACACGCUCUGACGGCGCUACAUCCGCUGGCGUAUGCGUCGCUGGCGGAUCUGAUUCGACUCGCCGCGUCGAUCGACGCAUGGAUCGAGCCGCCGACGCCCGAUAUACCCCACCUGCUAUUCACGCCUGCGCCUGUCGUGAGCCGCGUCGUGCAUCAGCUGAUCGAGUCACGAGGCUCAGAUCCCGUCACGCUGCUGGAUCUCGGGUGCGGCGCAGGACGCGACGUGACCUUUGCGCUGGUGCUGGCCCAGCGCACAUCCACGCGCCGCUGGUACGCAACGUGUGUGGACCGAUGGCGUGCGGCUCUCGAGCGCGCCGCACAGCUCCUAGCUGACUACGCCCUCCUCCCUCCCACGUCCAGCACCGCCGUAUGCGAUGCGAUACAGGCAGCCGAUCUGCUGGACGACGGCUGCGUGCGUGACGUCCAAGCACCCAAGGCCUGUACGCCGCUGCCGCUGGACGCUUGGGCCGCGUCGAGCUUACCACGUGCGGAGUACGACGUGGUGUGGCUCAUCCGGUUCUGGCCGCGUGCAUGCCUCGUGACGCUCCCGAGCAUCGUCGCGCCACGCGGUCUCAUUGUUGUGAGCCAUUUUGCGCACGAUCCCGACCCACGUAUUCCGCGCCGUGGCGAGCCGUAUCUGCGCGAAUACACUUCGCCGCCUAUCGACAAGCGGAUCCAGCGCGGCGAGCUGCGUGCGCUCCUCGACCACUGGGACGGCAUGUAUGGCCCACACGAAAUCCUAGAUGAGUGCAUCGAGCGCGUCGAAGACGGCCGGCCCGUCCAUAGCCUUGUCCUCCGCGUCCAUCUCCACCGACUGUAG